CUCCCAGGAUGCCGUGCACUCACCUUCCGGCGGUUGGCGGUGUUGUGCGUGCUGUGCCCGAGCGCGGACAUGGCGAGUAACCGCCACAGUUCGAGCCCACAGCCCGGGACCGGCACUGGGCCUAGCUCGGUGGGCGGCGCCUCUGCUCCCGGCUCGGCCCCCGCCCCGGGCAGCAGCCGCGGGCCCGGCAAGGCGCCUGCCUCUGGCAGCAAGAAGAGGCCGCUCCUCAAUGGCCUAGUGAACUCGUACGAGGACAAGAACAGCGACUUCGUGUGCCCUAUCUGUUUUGAGAUGAUUGAAGAGGCACAUAUGACAAAAUGUGGUCACAGUUUCUGCUAUAAAUGUAUUCGACAGAGCCUUGAGGUCAGUAACCGGUGCCCGAAGUGUAAUUAUGUGAUUGAUAAUGUUGAUCAGCUGUAUCCUAACUUUCUAGUUAAUGAACUAAUCUUGAAACAGAAGCAAAGGUUUGAAGAUAAGCGAAUAAAACUGGAACACCCAAAUGGUCACAGAUGGCAGGCAAUACAAGAUGUUUUAAUUGCAGACCAGGACAGUUUGGAUCUUGCCAAUGUUAACCUCAUGCUGGAGCUUAUUAUGCAGAAGAAACAGCAGCUGGAAGCUGAAUCGCAGGCAGCUCAGCUGCAUAUCCUCAUGGAAUUUCUUCAGGAAGCAAGAAGGAAUAAGAAGGAGCAACUGGAGCAGUUACAAAAGGAACUGAAUGUUCUUGAGGAGGACAUCAAGCGGGUGGAGGGGCUGAUAUUCAAUGAGCCAACAGGUCUAUAUUCUCCUAUGAGUGAGUUGACUCAUGUGCCAAAUCUGGAUAGCACAGUUCCACAGUUUGAAGCACCAUCUCCAUCACACAGUAGCAUUAUGGACUCUCCUGAAUAUUCUCAGCACCAUGGUUUCAGUGGAGGUUCACAGGGAAAGAGACAAACAUACAACAACACAUUGGCCUCCCGACGCAAGCGAUUAACUGCUCAUUUUGAGGAUCUUGAGCAAUGUUACUUCUCAACCAGGUUAUCUUGUUUAUCAGAUGAAACCAGAUCAGUCAAUCAGCUGGAAGAAUUUCAGGAGUGUCUUUCAAAGUUUACACGGUACAGCUCAGUAAGACCCCUUGCCACCCUCUCCUACGCCAACGACUUGUACAAUGGCUCAAGUAUUGUUUCUAGCAUUGAAUUUGAUCGAGAUUGUGAUUAUUUUGCCAUUGCUGGUGUAACAAAGCGGAUAAAGGUGUUUGAAUAUGGGACAGUGAUCCAGGAUGCUGUUGAUAUUCAUUAUCCGGUUAAUGAAAUGACAUGCAAUUCUAAAAUCAGCUGUAUCAGCUGGAGCAGCUAUCAUAAGAACUUGUUAGCAAGCAGUGACUAUGAAGGGACAGUGAUUCUGUGGGAUGGAUUCACGGGGCAGAGGUCGAAGGUCUACCAGGAGCAUGAAAAGCGAUGUUGGAGUGUGGAUUUUAAUCUAAUGGAUCCCAAGCUCCUUGCUUCAGGCUCUGACGAUGCUAAAGUGAAAUUGUGGUCCACAAACUUGGACAACUCUGUGGCGAGCAUUGAAGCAAAGGCCAAUGUUUGCUGUGUUAAGUUCAGCCCAACGUCUAGGUACCACUUGGCCUUUGGAUGUGCAGAUCAUUGUGUCCAUUAUUAUGAUUUGCGGAAUACAAAACAGCCCAUCAUGGUCUUUAAAGGACAUCGCAAGGCGGUAUCAUAUGCCAAAUUUGUGAUUGGAGAAGAAAUAGUUUCAGCAUCAACAGAUAGUCAAUUGAAGCUGUGGAAUGUGAACAGACCACACUGCCUGCGGUCAUUUAAGGGCCACAUCAAUGAAAAGAACUUUGUGGGUUUAGCAUCUAAUGGAGAUUAUAUCGCCUGUGGAAGUGAAAACAAUUCUCUCUACCUCUACUACAAGGGGCUCUCAAAAACACUGCUUACCUUUAAAUUUGACACCGUUAAAAGUGUUUUGGACAAAGACAAAAAGGAAGAUGACACCAAUGAAUUUGUCAGUGCUGUGUGUUGGAGAGCAUUACCAGAUGGGGAAUCGAAUGUCUUAAUAGCUGCUAACAGCCAAGGCACAAUAAAGGUGCUGGAAUUGGUAUGAAUGGUGAUGACUUUGGUGGUAGCUUCCAAGUUCUACCAUGAAGACAAGUUCCUUGGGAUUGAUGCAAACCUUUGGCAGGCAACCUACCAUCCUUUUCACAAUCCUUCAACACCAGCAACAGUUGCAAAUGCCAAGACUGUGUGACUGUAAAUGCUCUUCAUAGAUCAGGAGAAUGAGAUGUGAGGUUGAAGUAUUCCUGACCAAUCUUUUCAUAAACUGAAAGCCCCGAAGAGUAAGGAACUUGUAUUUUCAAUGGAUGUGGUCUGUGUAUAACUGCAAUGAUUUACAUUCUGUCUUGUGUAUCACAGAUUAUUACAAUAACCAGAGUGCAAUGAGCAGGACUAGAGAGAAAAAAACUAGGCCAUUCCAUUUCAGUUAUUUAAGCUCUGCCAAGGUAACCUGACUCCGUUUUUGUCUGGAGACUGAUCCUUGGUAAAUAGGUUUAAAGUCAUUGAUUUUAACUUGACGUGAUUUUGGUUUGGACAGUCACCAAACAGUGCUUUCUUUAAAACAGCAAAGCUUCCUUGUAUUGGACGAAUACAUUCUUUACUGAUACCAGCUGUAUAGUGAGAAAUAAUGAAAACAUUUUGAGUAACUGUGAUUCUGUGGACUCUGCCACUAGUCUCUUAUAGUGCUUUAUUUGACUAAAUUAAGUCAAAAUACUACAAAGGUACCUUUAUAUAAUUCCAGGAUGGCAGCACACUCAUUUCAUGGGGGCUGGUCUGGCUGUUUGUGUAGCAUUAUGUGUGGGAGUACAGAGGUGCAAAUGGGGGCACUUUUCACAGAGAUCAGAGAUUUGAGGGUGCAUGAAACAGAUUCUCAGUUAUGGAGGGCAAUUAGACUGCAUUGCUUUGUGACUGUCCCAUUUAAUUAAUUGUUACCCAGUCAGGAUGUGGAUUAGCCUUGUAUUCAGGCUUCAUUGACAUUCAGGUUGAAAAAAAUAUAUUGACCUUUCAACACUUGUCAUGUUUACCUAGCUUUGUGAGCAAAUCUUUGUCACAGUCUGAUUUUAAUUCUUCUUUGAGUUUCAGUUAAUGGUCAAAUGGUAGUUGCUUGUGAUGGAGUAUUGAAAAUAUUUUCAUCUAUCAAGUUGAACACUAUAACUCAGUCACAACAUUUUUGUACAUUUUCCACUCAUAAUUGGUUUCUAAUUGUCUAACCAUCAUUAAAAUAUUUUUCAAGUU